CGCACACAAGCACACUCACCCUCUCCAUCCUCUCUCUCUCUCUCUCUCUCUCUUGUUUCUCUCUCUACUUGGGUUCACAUUGCUCACGCUCACAGGAGAAUUCCUUGGCCCUUAAUUAAAGCGCAGCAGGGGAGGGGAGGGGAGGGGAGGGAGGGGGGGAAUCUUUGGGAGGUGGUGUUGGUGGAGGCGGUGAAAAAGAAAGAAGCAAAAGCGGAAUCAAAAGAAGCGGCUUCUUUGGUUCCCCGAGGGGCGUAUGAGGCCGAGCGCCGAGGUGGGGUUGCGCCGAGGACGGCGCGGCGGCUAAGGGGCGGCGCGCGGAGGGAGGUGAGGUGCGUUGUUUCUUCCUUUGGGGGGGCGGGGGCGGAGGAUGAGAGGGAGUGUGAAGGAUGGGAAACUGUGGAACGAGGGAGGAGAACGCCGUGGUCGCGGCUCACUCGCAGGUUCAGCAGCUUCAAAUGUUCCCUGGGAAAAAUGCUCUUUCGGAGAAGAAGCACACCCGGACCUUCUCGGACAUCAGUGACUCAUCGAGCCUUCGGAACUUUGAAGAUACAAGAAAUAUUUCUAUAUACACCAAUGUGAUUGCCUUCACACUGUUCGAGCUUGAGACUAUCACAAAGAGCUUUCGACCAGAUUAUGUUCUUGGUGAGGGCGGUUUCGGGACUGUCUAUAAAGGAUACAUAGAUGAGAAUGUAAGGGUUGGCCUCAAAUCACUUCCUGUUGCCGUCAAAGUGCUCAACAAGGAUGGUCAUCAAGGGCACCGAGAAUGGCUUACAGAGGUUAACUUUUUGGGGCAGCUAAGGCAUCCUAAUUUGGUGAAGUUGAUCGGUUAUUGCUGCGAAGAUGAUCACAGGCUGCUUGUCUACGAGUUCCUGUUCCGGGGCAGUCUUGAAAACCACUUAUUCCGCAAGACGGCUGCUCCCUUGUCUUGGGCAACGAGAAUGUCAAUAGCUCUGGGUGCUGCCAAAGGGCUAGCUUUUCUGCACAACGCAGAAAGACCCGUCAUUUACCGAGAUUUCAAGACCUCAAAUAUCUUGUUGGACUCUGAUUAUACUGCUAAACUGUCUGAUUUUGGCCUUGCAAAAGCUGGUCCAGAAGGCGACGAGACCCAUGUGUCGACUCGAGUGAUGGGCACCUAUGGGUAUGCUGCACCAGAAUAUGUAAUGACUGGGCACCUGACAGCGAGGAGCGAUGUUUACAGCUUUGGAGUUGUCCUCCUCGAGCUGCUCACGGGCCGACGGUCUGUGGACAAGACGCGGCCCAGCAAGGAGCACAGCCUAGUCGACUGGGCACGACCCAAGCUCAAUGACAAGCGGAAGCUUCUCCAGAUCAUUGACCUGCGGCUCGAGGGCCAGUACUCGGUCCGAGCGGCCCAAAAGGCCUGCAGCCUGGCCUACUACUGCUUGAGCCAGAACCCGAAGGCGAGGCCGCUCAUGAGCGACGUGGUCGAGACGCUCGAGCCCUUGCUAGGAAGCGGGCCGAGUGAUGGCCCUAUUCAGACAAUUCAGUCCUUCACUACUAGUCGGUUACCGGACUACAGGACGGCCCACGGGCUCACUAGAAAUGGCGUCAACUGCAGAGCAAGCCCGAGCACGAAGUGCUCCCCUGCUGUUCCAGCUUGCAGGGUGAGGUGAGUAUGAGUUCUUUUUCGACUCUUACAAACUGGAGUAGGUGGAGUGUGUAUAUGAGAAUCUAGCUGGUGCGUUCGGGUGCGCAUGCGUGUCGUUGUUUGUGCUUAUUGGGUUUUUCCUUUUUUUCCGUUUUUCGUUUUACCUCCCUAACUUUGAUGUAAAUGCGGUCGGCAUGUCGUUGCUUCUAGUGGUAUCUUUUCAAUUUCCUGCGUCGGUGUUAUGUAUCGCAACUGAGGCAAGCCCCGCCCCAAAAAAGGGGGCCAGGUUCUGUUCCAGAAUGAAAGCUAAGUUGAACUGAAAUGGCAUGGUUUGUGUUCUGGGAAUGCUGUUAUGUUUUCUGACUUGUGAAAUAAGAUGAGGUUGGAGUGAGAAAUAGUUACUUUC